AUGGUGGGCACCAAGGAAGCGCCAAAAGCCACCCCCAAAGCUCCCCCGCGCGGGGCAGCGCGGGCGAAAGCAGCGGCAGCAGCAGCAGCAGCAGCAGCCACAGACGGCAGCGUGCAGGACGCAGACGCAAGCAACGGAGGCCCCGUGGGCGCUGAGAGCGCGGCUGCAGACGGACAGCCGCCCGCAGACGUCAACCCGAACGCCGCCCUGUCCGCCGAAGCCACGCGCAAGCGCAAGGCGCCCCUCAACACGCAGGCCAAGGACGAGUUCGCCGCCCUCCUCGAGCCCUUCUACUACGGCAAGCGCCUCGAUGAGCCCAUCAACACCGCCCGCGACAAGUGGAACCUGCUGCCCGCCUUCCUCAAGGUCAAGGGCCUGGUCAAGCAGCACGUCGACUCGUACAACCACUUCGUCGACGUCGAGCUCAAGAAGAUCAUCAAGGCCAACCGUUUCGUGCGCAGCGACUUCGACCCCAAGUUCCUCCUCGAGUACACCGACAUCCGCGUGCUGUCGCCCAACCGCCAGGAGGAAGAUGACCUCGAACACCACCACAGUACCAUUACCCCGAACGAGUGCCGUCUGAGAGACAUGACCUAUGCCGCGCCCAUUGUCGUCGACAUCGUCUACACACGAGGCAACGCAAAGGUCAAGCGGACCGGCAUCAAGAUCGGAAGGAUGCCCAUCAUGUUGAAGAGCAACAAGUGCGUGCUGGCCGCCAAGAACGAUCGCGAGAUGGCCGUCAUGGAGGAGUGUCCGCUGGACCCUGGAGGCUACUUCAUCACCCGCGGGCAGGAGAAGGUCAUUCUGGUCCAAGAGCAGCUGAACAAGAACCGUGUGAUUGUGGAGAGCGCAAAGGGAAUCAUGCAGGCUAGCGUUACGAGUUCGACGCACGAACGACGCACCAAGACAUAUGUCAUCCAGAAGAAGGGGCUCAUGUUCCUGAGGCACAACACACUCUCCGAGGAGGUUCCUGUUGUGUUUGCGCUAAAGGCAUUGGGUGUGCACUCUGACAAGGAGAUCUUGCUCAUGGUGGCUGGAGACGACAGCGCGUACCAGGACAGCUUCGCCAUCAACUUCGAGGCAUGCGCAAGAGAGGGAAUUCACACGCAAGAAAAAGCCUUGGAGUAUAUCGGACACCGUGUGCGGUUGACGAAGAAGCCACUCGGCGCGUCGCGCAUGCGCAACUACCAUCUCGAGGCCAUUGAAUGCUUGUCCAACGUCAUCCUGCCGCACGUUCCAGUCGUUGGCACAAAUUACCGGCCAAAAGCUCUCUACGUUGCCUUGAUGGCACGCAGAGUCCUCAUGGCGAUGCAAGACUCCAAGCUGGUCGACGAUCGUGAUUACGUCGGAAACAAGCGUCUCGAACUCUCCGGGCAGAUGUUGUCCCUUCUUUUCGAAGACCACUUUAAGCGCUUCAACCAUGACUUCAAGCUCAGCAUCGACAAAGUCUUGAAGAAGCAGAACCGCGCCCAGGAAUUCGAUGCUUUCUCGCACUUCAGCGUACACAAGAACCACAUCACCAUGGGUAUUGAGCGUGCCAUCGCCACCGGAAACUGGAGCUUGAAGCGUUUCAAGAUGGAAAGAGCCGGUGUCACGCACGUCCUCAGUCGACUUAGUUACAUUGCUGCGCUGGGUAUGAUGACGAGAAUCAGUUCGCAGUUCGAAAAGACGCGAAAGGUGUCCGGACCUCGUGCGCUGCAGCCAAGUCAGUUUGGCAUGCUAUGCACGUCUGAUACGCCCGAAGGAGAGGCGUGUGGUCUCGUCAAAAACUUAGCGCUGAUGACGCAUAUCACAACUGAAGACGAUGAGGGGCCGGUGCGGAAGAUUGUUUUCCUGUUGGGCGCGGAAGAUAUCUGCUCACAGACUGGAGAAGAGAUCCACGCGGAAGGUGUGUACUCUGUGUGCCUGAAUGGUACGCCAAUCGCCGUCACAGACACGCCCAAGCGAUUCCUGAAUAGCUUCCGAAAGCUCAGGCGAAUGGGUCGCAUCUCGGAAUUCACCAGCAUCCACAUUGAUCACGAUCAUUGUGAAGUCCACAUCGCUACAGACGAAGGUCGUAUCUGUCGGCCAAUGAUUAUCGUAGAGAACGAGCGCUCCAAAGUCACAUCGCGAUACCUCAAGGCUCUGCGAAAGGGUACCAUGGAGUUCGAGGACUUCUUGACAAGAGGGCUCGUGGAGUAUCUGGAUACGAACGAGGAGAACGAUACCAACAUUGCGUUGUCUGAAAAGGAUAUCAACCAGCACACCACACAUCUCGAGAUCGAACCCUUCACCAUCCUUGGUGCCGUCGCUGGUCUCAUCCCAUACCCACAUCACAACCAGUCACCUCGCAACACCUACCAGUGUGCCAUGGGUAAACAAGCUAUUGGCGCCAUUGCCUACAACCAGUUCAACAGGAUAGAUACCUUACUCUACCUGAUGGUCUACCCUCAACAGCCCAUGGUCAAGACAAGAACCAUCGAACUCACCAAAUAUGAUAAACUGCCCGCUGGUCAGAACGCCACUGUCGCAGUCAUGUCAUACUCGGGCUACGAUAUUGAAGAUGCGCUCAUUCUAAACAAAGCCUCCUGUGACCGCGGUUUCGGUCGCUGUCAAGUCAUGAAGAAGCACGUCACACCUCUCAAAACCUACGCCAACGGCACAUCUGACCGCAUCAACGCCGGUGCCCUUGAUACAAACAAACAGGAACACCAAGCUAUCGGCGCAGAUGGAAUCGCCCAGGUUGGUGCUCGCUUGGAAGCCGGCGACGCCUACCUCCUCAAGUCCAUUCCCACUGACACCGCGGGUCCGGCCUCGAACCAGUACAAGGACAAGCCCGAGCGAUACAAGCUGCCGGAUUGCUCAUACAUCGAUAAAGCAUGUAUUACCGAGAACGAAGCCGGAACCACGCUCAUCAAGCUCCUGAUGCGACAGACACGACGCCCCGAACUCGGCGACAAAUUCUCCUCCCGUCACGGCCAGAAAGGAACAACAGGUCUUAUUGUCCAACAGGAAGACAUGCCCUUCAAUGACGCCGGUAUCUGCCCAGACAUCAUCAUGAACCCUCACGGUUUCCCGUCGCGUAUGACGGUCGGGAAAAUGAUGGAACUGCUCUCUGGGAAAGCCGGUGUACUCAACGGAACGCUCGAAUACGGUACCGCGUUCGGCGGAAGUAAAGUCGAGGACAUGUCCGAGAUCCUGGUCAGCAAUGGAUUUUCUUACACUGGUAAGGACUACCUAACGUCAGGUAUCACGGGAGAGGCGCACCAGUUCUACACGUUCUUCGGUCCGAUCUAUUACCAGAAACUCAAGCACAUGGUGCAGGACAAGAUGCACUCCCGCGCACGAGGCCCACGCGCCAUCUUGACCCGCCAACCAACAGAAGGUCGAGCCAGGUCUGGAGGUCUGCGUCUCGGAGAAAUGGAGCGCGAUUGCCUCAUCGCCUACGGUGCGAGUCAGUUGCUGCUCGAGCGGUUGAUGAUCAGCUCCGACGCCCAUGACGUCGACGUUUGCGAAAAGUGCGGCCAGAUGGGCUACUCGGGCUACUGCAAGCUCUGCGAGAGCGAAAAAGCAGUCCGCCGCAUUACAAUGCCCUACGCGGCCAAACUGCUCAUCCAAGAAUUGGGCAGCAUGAAUGUCAAGGUCACGAUUGGACUGGAAGACGAGUUUCCCCGACACAUGGACUAG